AAUUUAAAUUCGGGGGCCGCGGAACAACAUAUCCCUUGCCCUUCAGAUUGACAACCUCCCUGGUCCACGCAUGCGCGCGCCCUACUCUUUAGGGGCUGGCUCGCACCGGCUGGGAACCAUCGAGAACCAAGAGCUAGAGAGGCUCACGCGGGAGCCUGGAAGUGGGGGGAAGGAGGACCUUCGUCCGCGUGGGCCUCAUCCCUAGUCCCUGCCGCGUGAGGCGUAGCUCGGAAAUCCGAUUCGAAAUAACUCCUACUUCUCUUGUCUAAGAGUGGCUGUAGGAAGCUGAGCUCUGAGAGAAGCAAGUAGGCCAAGGCGUCCAAAAGCCCACCUUGAGGUUGCACAGACGGCGUAUUCAUCCGCGCACUUUGGGGCCAACACAGCCUUGCCGGUGCCCUGCGGCUGCCAGAGGGAGGUGUGUCACCUAUCGGACUGAGGCUGCGCGAACUCCAGAGUCCCUGGAGGGGCGUGUCACACGCACGCCGCGUCGCCGUGGAGACAGGGGCGGGGCCGGCGCGAGACACGCGUGCUGAGACGCGGGAAGCGCUGAGGAGGGUGUGGGCCCCGCGGGUCGGACGAGCGCGGGCCGCGGCUGCCCACUCCUGCUGGGACUUCGCGAGGCCAGAGUGCUCGGCUUGUCAGUUAAAAAGGGAAGAUAAAAGACUUUUUGAUUCCUGAAGAAUCUGCUCACUGAGAAGUGUAUAUCAAGCCACUGCCAAAUUUCCAUCAAAAGAGAAGUAAGCAGAGAAUGCAGAGGAAGGUGGACUCCAGGUCUUUUAAGGAUGGUGCAGUUAAGAAAACUUAUCCUCCAAAGAUACUGACCAACCAGAAGUCUUCUGCCUUCUCUGGGAUGUGGAGUGAGAUACCUAGUGCCAGUCAUCCAGUUCAGUAUCAUGCCUCACGUGGUUGGACCCAAAGGAACCGGUUACGAGAGUUGCGUAUCAGAUGCGUGGCCAGGAAGUUCUUAUAUUUGUGGAUUCGAAUGACUUUUGGAAGAGUAUUUCCCUCUAAAGCCAGGUUUUACUAUGAGCAAAGAAUACUUCGGAAGGUCUUUGAAGAAUGGAAAGAAGAGUGGUGGGUUUUCCAGCGAGAGUGGAAACUCUGUGUUCGAGCAGACUGUCACUACAGAUAUUACUUAUACAACCUGAUGUUCCAGACCUGGAGGACCUAUGUGCAUCAGCAGCAGGAGAUGAGGACCAAGUACAUUAGAGCCGAGAAUCAUGAUGCAAGGCAAAAGAUGAGGCAGGCCUGGAAGUCCUGGCUGAUCUACGUGGUUUUUCGUAGAACCAAACUUCAGAUGCAGACCACCGCCCUGGAGUUUAGGCAGCAGAGUAUUUUGUGGCUGUGGUGGAGCCAGUGGAGGGAGCAACUGGGACAGGUGCGUGUGGGCCAUGCCCUGCUUGCGUCAGCUGUGAAGCACAGGGCCCUGAGCCUCCAGCUGCAGGCCUGGUCACGGUGGUGGGAACAACUCCUACAUGUCCAGAGGGAGAGAUGGAAGAUGGUCUCCGCAGUGAAACACCAUGAGCACUGGCAAAAGUGGAAAUCCCUGAAGGCCUGGCUCAAAUACCUGAGGGUCCGCAGAGUGAAGAGACAAUGGAACGAGAUGGCUGAGCGGUUCCACCGGGUCACUAUGCUCCAGACACACUUCUGUGAUUGGCAGUGGGCCUGGGAGCGGAAGGAGAGCUUGUACGCCCAGCACGCCCAGGUGGAGGGGCUGGCCCGGAGGAUGGCUCUGCGGCGGGCCUUCACUCACUGGAAACACUAUGUGCUGCUGUAUGCUGAAGAAGCGGCCCAGUGGAAGGUGGCGGAAGAACACAGGAGGCGCAGCUUGCUGCACUUCUGUUUUCGAGCCCUAAAAGACAAUGUGACCCAUGCCCAUCUCCAGCAAAUAAGAAGGAAUCUCGCUCACCAGCAGUAUGACAUCAUGCUGCUGCACAGGUUCUGGGACCUCUGGCAGACUCGGAUUGAGCAGAGAGAAGAGAGAGAGCAGCUCCCCUCACUGUGUGCUGCCUGGGACCACUGCAGAAUAACGUUGCUACGCAAGUGUAUCAAAUCGUGGUUACAGUAUACUCAGAAGAGGCGAUACAAGCAGCGGCUGCGGUCCAGAGCAGACAGUUACUUCAAGCAGAGAGUCCUGCCUGCGGCCUUCCGCACAUGGAGAAGAUUCUGGCGAUGGCACCAGCAGGAAAGUGUCCUCAGCGCGAGAGCAGCACGCUUUCACAGGGAGACGUUGGAGAAGCAAGUAUUUGCUAUUUGGUGGCAGAAAAUGUUUCAGCAUCGAGAAAACCGCUUGGCGGAGAGAAUGGCCAUCCUUCACUCAGAGCGGCAGCUCCUGCAGAGGUCCUGGUCCACGUGGCACCAGCAGGCAGCAGCACGUCACCAGGAGCGACAGUGGACAGCAGCGGCCUGGGCCCACCGCCACCACUGCCAGCUCAGGAGGGCUUUCUGCAUCUGGAGGGACAGUGCCCGAGGCCUCAGGACAGAGAAGACCGGCCUGGUGCUGGCUGCAGAGUUCCAGGCCGCUCGGCUCCUGCGCCAGGCCUGGGACAGGUGGAAGGAGGGCCUGGCCCUGCGCGCUGCCGAGCGGCGGAAGCUGACGCGCGCCCGCCUGCAUCACCGGCGCACCUUGCUGCGCGGGGCGCUGCGCACCUGGGCGACGUACCAGAGCCGCGUGCGGAGCGUCCUCCAGGAGGUGGCGGCCAGGGAGAGGCAGCAGGCGAGGCGGCUGCUUCGGUGUGUGUUCCGUCGCUGGAGAGAGAACACCCUGGCCCUUGUGACUGAAGCCCAGCAAACCUCCCGAGCAAGCGCUCACUACCGGCGAACCUUGUGUUCCAAGGUCCUGGUGCAGUGGCGGGAGGCUGCAUCUGUGCAGAUAUAUUACCGACAGCAGGAGGACUGUGCCAUCAAGGAGGCCCGGAAGGUGCUGGAUAAGGGCUGUCUCAGGACGUGGUUUCGGCGCUGGCGGGACCGAGGCCAGAGGGCGGCCCAGCAGAGAGCCCAACUCAGGAGGGCGGCUGCGCAUCACGGCCGGUGGCGGCUGCGGCAGGCCAUGGCCCGGUGGAAGGCGCACCAUCUGGGCUGUGUCAGGAAGCGGCUGCUCUCUCCCCAGCUCCUGCAAAGGCGGGGUGCCCAGCUCCUGGCCCAGACCCGCAGCCGGGCCUGCUUCCACCAGUGGAAACAACAGCUGGCGAACAGGAGGCGCGAGCAGCAGGGCACAGCCCGGGCCCUGUGGUUCUGGUCCUUCUCACUACAGGCAAAGGUAACGGGGGCUCCCCCGCUGCUCUCCCUGCCUCUCCCAGGAGAGGACCUCGCUUCGGUGGACGGCAGGCUGGGCCGUGGGGCCAGCCCUGGGCGGGGGGGAGGCUUAAGCAGGGAGAGCUGGGCCUCAUCUCCUCCUCGCCCUGGAGGUGUGGGCCGCGUGGCUGGGCUUUGUGCUGGAAAGGAGGAGAAAGAAGGCGCGUCAGGGGCGGGCCGUACAGGCCUACCACCGGCAGCUUCUCCAGGAGGGCGCCACACACCUCUUGCGGUUCGCAGCCGGCAUGAAGGCCUUCCGGCAGCAGCUGCAUGCCCAACAGCAGGUGCAGCUCACAGUCUCCACCGUGCGGUCCAUCACUGUGCCAUGCUCUGGAAACAGAAGGUUCUGGGCCAGGGCAGGGAGCCUCGGACCCUCACGUGCACCAUGCCCAGCAGGAGAGUGACAUUUGACAGACCCCUUUCCACCUGUGUCGCGGCUGGGGCUGGGGAUGCCGCCCUGGAGACCAGGAAGCCACGAGAUCCUCAUGGGCCCCGAGGAGCUCUGGGCAGCCUGUCUCUGGCUGCUGGGGACCCCCACCUCCUAGAGCUCAAUGCUGCCCGCUUGGCAAGAAAGCAGCCUCGACGCCCACAUUUCCUGCUGGAGCCGGUGCCGAGCCAGAGGCCCCUGGGGUGUGGCACCCUCGGGGGCAAAGGGCCUGAGGCACCGAGGGCGUGCGACCCAGGUGUGGCCCAGCCCGCAGGCCCUGCCCUGACGAGGCCUUGCCUGCCAGUGGCCUGGACAGCACUGGUCCCAAGCAGCCCCCUGCCCCAGCCCGGGGCCCUGCCGGGUCACCCUGGCCCGAGGCUGCCCCCCACGUUGAGUACAGGCCCAGAGCUGCUGCCCCCUUCGUCCUUCAUGCCACGUGGGGUGCAAGCACCUGCCAGGGCGUCUGCACAGCCCACCACCCCUGGGCUCACAGCCCAGGCCUCGCCAUCCCCAGCCAGUGUCCCUCACUCUGGCCUGCUGCUUCCUGGGGACUUCACAGGCAUCGGCGGGCCUGGCUCUGCAAGCGCGGGUGCGCAGCUGAAGCCUGUCAGCACCAAGGGUGCCCGGGCCGGUCCCGAUGCCUGGGAUCCCUCCAUUCAGCCUUGGCCUAGCCGGGACCGUGGUCGAGAUCCAGCUUGUUCUGUCACCAAGGGCCCCACGGACCUGGAGGCUGAGCUGGAGGGCAUCCAGCAGCAACUGCAGGACUAUCAGACCAUGAAGCAGAACCUCUCGUCCUGCCAGCGGCAAGCAAGAAGCCUGCGCCGGUGGCUGGAGCUGAGCCACGAGGAGCCCAGGCCGGAGGACCAGGAAGCAGAGCGGCAGGUGCAGGAAGAACUACAGGAGGUGGAGCGGCAGAUCCAGCGGCUGGCCUCUGAGCUCCAGGCCCAACGCCAGCCCGUCAGCGCCUGCAUCGCGCGCGUCCAGGCCCUGCGGCAGGCUCUGUGCUAGUCACUGGCCCGGGGAGGCCUCAGCCCACCUCCAGGAACAGAACGCAAAGCUGCAAUGAGUUUUAUUUUUUAUUUCAAAAUGUUGCAAUUAAAUGAGUUACUGGUCA